AUUCCAAAUUCCAAGACGCCCGGCAGAGGCCAACCACGAGAUUAGUGUAGAGUAAUCUUCACCCACUGCACUAGCCAACUGCAGCAUCGGACAAGGGAAAGUCGAACGCUCCCCAGCUCUCCCCAUGGCCUCCGCCGGCGAGCACACGGCGGCCCUUCUCCAGGUACAAGAGGAAUACACUACCGACGGGUCCCUUGAUUUCGAUGGCAACCCGGCGCUGAAGCAUCGCACGGGUGGAUGGCGAGGAUGCCGCUCAAUUCUCGGUACAGAUUUCUGCUAUUGCCUCGCAUUCUACGGCAUCUCGUCCAACCUCGUCACGUACCUCACCGGCGUCCUGGGCCAGAGCAACGUCGCCGCCGCGAGGAACCUGUCCACCUGGCAGGCCACGUGCUUCGUCAUGCCGCUCGCCGGCGCCGUCAUCGCCGACUCCUACUGGGGAAAGUACCGCACCAUGGUUGUCUCCUGCUCCGUCGGCGUCGCGGGCAUGAUCAUGACAGCUCUCUCAGCGUACCUGCCACUCCUCGUCAAGAACGGCGCGUCAUUUACGUCAUCGAACAUGGUAUCGGUUCAGGAGUUCGUCAUGUUUCUCGGCCUCUACAUGAUCGCCAUCGGGCUAGGCGGCCUCCGGCCGUGCCUGAUGUCCUUCGGCGCCGACCAGUUCGACGAUGGUGACCCGUUGGAGCGCCUGCACAAAGGCUCCUUCUUCAACUGGUACGUGUUCAACACGAACUGCGCGUCACUCAUAUCCAGAACCGCCAUUGUGUGGGUGCAGGACCACUACGGCUGGGCGCUGGGCCUCACCAUCCCGGUGGCCGUCCUGGCCGUCGGGCUCUUCUGCUUUGUUGCGGCGUCACGGACGUACAGAUUUCAGCCAACCCGAGGUAGCCCCCUCACCAGAGUCUGCCAGGUUGUCGUCGCCGCCGUCAGGAACUCUGGUAUUGACCCACCGGCCGAUAGCUCUCUCUUGUAUGAGCUGCCGGAAUACGACAGUGACAUGAAGGGAGUUCAGAGGAUCGAUCACACCACUGAUCUCCGAUUCUUUGACAAAGCCGCCAUUGUCGCGGUUUCGGACAAGGAGGCAGCUGCCCCAGCUCCGUGCAGCCCGUGGAGGCUGUGCGUCGUGACACAAGUGGAGGAGCUCAAGAUUCUCGUGCGGAUGCUGCCGCUCUGGGCGACCAUCGUGUUCUUCUACGCCGCGUCGGCGCAGGUUUCGUCGACGUUCUUGGAGCAGGGCAUGUCGAUGGACGCCACCGUUGGCACCGUGCAUGUACCGCCCGCGUCCAUGUCCACCUUCGAAGUGCUUACCGUCAUCGUCCUGGUCCCGCUCUACGACUGGGCGUUCGUGCCGUUGGCCAGGCGUCUCACCGGGAGAGGGAAGGGCGUAUCGGAUCUGCGAAGGAUCGGCGCUGGCCUCACCAUGCCCGUGCUUGCCAUGGCCGCGGCGGCGGUAGUCGAGACGGUGCGCCUCCGCGCGGCGCCGCGGAAGAAGAUAAGCGAGUUGUGGCAAGCGCCGCAGUACGCGCUGGUGGGUGUUGGCGGGGUGCUCACCACCAUCGGGCAGUUCGAUUUCUUCUACAGCCAGGCGCCGCCGGCUAUGAAGACCGUGUGCACGGCGCUUGGAUUCCUUGUGGUAGCGGCUGGCGACUACCUCAGCUCCUUCCUACUUACGGUCGUGCAGUGGGCGACGACUACCAGCGGCCGGCCAGGGUGGAUCCCCGACAAUCUGAACGAGGGGCAUCUAGACCGAUUCUUCUGGAUGAUGGCUGGACUAGGCUGCCUGAAUCUCAUGGCGUUUGUGAGCUGCGCUGCUAGGUACAAAUAUAGAAAGCCAUGUUGAGCCA